UAUUUUUUUUGUUAGCAAUGGAUCAUUUAAUAGACAUGGAUUGUGAUUUCGUUAGUACUCCUGAGUUUGAAUUACUUGAAAAUAGUAAACAACGAGUAGAUUAUGUGUUUAGUAAAGUACUGUCAAUCAAAACAUCGAUCAAAAAAGUGAACAAAUUAUUGACAAAAUGUAAGAAUAAAAACCAAAAAUCUGUGACUAAAUCUCAAGAAUAUAGAAGACAAGGAAAUAAAUUCUUUGAUCACAAGAACUACGAGUUUGCUCUUCAUUAUUAUAGUAAAUCAGUACUUUGUGCUCCCCAUCCAUCCAAAACUGCUAGUGAUUUACAAUCAGCUAAUGAACUGUCUUAUGCUUAUUCCGGUCGAUCUUUGGUUUUCUUAAAAAUGGGUUUACAUGACAAUGCAUUGCAUGACAUUGACUGUGCUCUUCAUCUAUCUGUCCAUACGAUGCCAUUCCUCACUCGACUACUAUUUAUAAGACAUAGAGUCAAAUGCUUGUGCAAAAUGAAGAGAUAUGGCGACGCUUUUCAAACCAUAACAUCAAUGAUUCAAUUGAUGCCAUCUCUUCCUAUUUAUAAUCAUUUGGUCGCAUAUCUUAUUAAACAAAGCAAUUUAAUUAGAGAUCGAGUCAAUGAAGACUUAGAAGAAGAUGAAGAAUUUCAAACUGAAUAUGAAGUGGUAUGGGAUUACUGCCAAAAUAUUGAUCAUUAUAUGUGCCAUAAGCUUGAAUUGUAUGAAACACCAGAAAGCGGCCGUCGCUUUAAAACUACGGCUAAUCUACAGAAACAGUCAAUAGUUAUGUUAGAAAAGGCAAUGUCUUGUGUUUUAUUUAACACUCAUUGGGAAACCCAUUGUCAGAAUUGCUGUAAAAAUAUUGGUUAUAAGCACUGGUCGUGUCCUCAAUGUUCACAAGUGGUCUUUUGCAAUGAAAAGUGUGCCAAAGAAGCAAAGUUUCAUAAAUACGAGUGUCGUAUUAUGGAUGUGCUCAGUGCCAUCGGAACAAACUAUCACAUACUGUUCCGUAUUAUUCUGUUGGUUGGUCCACAACUUGCCAUUGAAUUAGUUGGCAACAAAUCCAAACAAUUCAAUAUCUUCAGCGCAAACGAUUCAUCAGCCAUCGAUUUUCUUAAAUUCUUACAAUUAUCAGAUCAUAGACACCAAUAUAGCCUUAAAAUCAAAGCCAAAUCAAUACAACGCGCCAUUCAGAUGGCACUCGUCUUUAAUAAUUUUGAUGAAUUCAAAACUUCCAACGAAAGUACAGUUGAAUAUCUAAAACAAUUGGCAUCGACUCUGGAUAUCCUUAACUAUAAAAUAUGUGUCAAUGCUUUCGGAAUGUAUGAAAAAAUGAAUGACAAACAGAUCUUCAGAGGAAAUCACAUCGGAAAUGGUAUUUGCUUUAUGACCUCAUUCUUCAAUCACAGUUGCGAUGCCAAUGCUUUCUGGCAAUUCAAUGGUCGCUAUAUCACUGUUGCCACACAACGAGACAUUAAUGCUAACGAAGACAUUACUGUUUGUUACGGACCUAACUAUACGGACAUGAGUUUUGAUGAACGACAAGAAUUUCUGAAGAAUAACUACUUUUUUGAGUGUAAGUGUGGCGUCUGUUCAGAUGAAAAGGCCAAAAGUUUGUCCAAAAGUCAACCAAAAGAAAUCUCGUAUUUCGGUCUUAAAGGAGACACAUCCGAGUGCUAA